AUGGCAGCCCCGAGGAAGAGCAGCCUCUUCCCUCCCCAGCCCUACCAUAUCCCCGGCUAUGAUGGCUUCAUCCCUCAGUACAACUUCCAGUUUGGAGACACCUUUGGCAGGACCACGUACCGCCUGCUGACCGACCCGAGCGUGCAGAGGAGCCCUUGCCCCUUGCUGGCGCCGCUGCACAAACCCAAGUUUGUGGAAGACUUCAGCGGGAUGAAGCACGGUGUCCAGGGUCAUCUCCCCGGGCGUCCAGGGUACUUCCCCUACGAGAAACCUGGGGCUGCAUCGAGCUUUACUGAGCCAGUCCUUGAGACAAAACUCCCCCCAGUGGUGCCAGGGCCAGCGGAGGAAGAGCUGAUGGUGAUGAACACGGACACCGUGCCCCAGCACCGCCCCGACGAGCACAUCCUGACGACCCAACUGCCCCGCAGGUACCCAUGGAGGAUGUCACACCGUCCUGCCUCGGAGGAGCAGGAGUGGCGGCUGCCGGAGAUAGCCCCACGCAGCGCCUGGCCUGGGAGCAAACCGCCUGUGCAAAGUGAAGGCGUGACACUGCCAGGAGUGGCUGAAACUGCGGAUGUGGAGCAAGACAAUUGGUUACCGAGACUGGAUGUGCCAAAUGCGAUCCAGCAGAAAGUCGUUUCAGGGUACGCUGGCUUCAUCCCCCGCCUCACCUGGGUUACCGGCGUGAACUACGUCCAGAGCGUGAAGGAAGCCAUGAACGAAUUUGACCGACAACAGUUUUUGGAGAGAAACCCAUCUCACAGCUUUGGCAGGAGAUUUCCCCAAACCUACUGGCCUAACAACAGAAUUUACACCAGUGCUGGACUGAUACCUUUCUACGCAGGCUUCGUACCGAACCUCCGCCACACCUACGCCCUAACUUUUGGGAACAGCACCCGGAAAGCUUACGAAAAGGAAGAAAAGAGACGAGCUUCUGCACUGUGA